AUGGGUGGCUGCAUUCCUUUUCUGAAGGCAGCAAGGACAUUGUGCCCCAGAAUCAUGCCCCUUUUGCUGUUGUUGUCUGCCUUCAUUUUUUUAGUGAGCGUCCUGGGAGGAGCCCCAGGACACAACCCAGACCACAAGAUGAAGAUGGUAUCAAUACACAGCCUCUCCGAGCUAGAGCGUCUGAAGCUGCAAGAGACUGCUUACCAAGAACUCCUGGCCAGGCAUUUCCUCUCUGAAUUCGAGCCUAACCGAGCUCUAACCACUGACAGCCCAGACACCUCGGAGAACUGUUUUCUGGUCUUAAGAGGACAAGACAGAGCCGUGUCAUCAUUCAAGACGUUUGGUGUUCGCCUGGAAGAGGUGCUGGUGAAUGAGUUUACCCGCCGCAAGCAUCUUGAACUAAGAGCCGAGAUGCAGGUUGAAGAAGCUACGGGUCAGCCUUCGGGCCGUCGUCGUCGUCGGGGAAACGUAGUGCAAAGGCUGUUUGGUCGCAUCCGGCGCUUUUUCACUCGCCCUAGGAAUGAGCCUACUUUGCCCAGGGAGUUCACUCGCCGUGGGCGUCGAGGUGCUGUGUCUGUGGAUAGCUUGGCUGAGCUGGAGGACGGAGCCCUGUUGCUUCAGACCCUGCAACUGUCAAGGGUUUCAUUUCCUAUUGGCCAGAGGCUUUUGGGAUCUAAAAGGGAGAUGAGCCUCAACCCCAUUGCACAGCAAAUCCCCCAGGUUGUUGAAACUUGCUGCAAGUUCAUUGAGGAACAUGGUUUAAGUGCAGUGGGGAUUUUCACCAUUGAGCACUCUGCACAGAAAGUGCGUCAGCUCCGUGAAAAAUUUGAUCAAGGUCUGGAUGUAGUGCUGGAUGACAGUCAGAAUGUGCACGAUGUGGCUGCACUUCUCAAGGAGUUUUUCCGUGACAUGAAGGACUCUCUGCUGCCAGAUGAUCUGUACAUGUCCUUCCUCCUGACAGCAACUCUGAAGCCACAGGAUCAGCUUUCUGCCCUGCAGUUGCUGGUCUACCUGAUGCCACCCUGCCACAGUGACACCCUGGAGCGUCUGCUGAAGGCCCUGCAUAAAAUCACUGAGCACUGCGAGGACUCUAUUGGCACUGAUGGACAGUUGGUUGCAGGCAACCGCAUGACUUCCACCAACUUGGCCCUGGUGUUUGGAUCUGCUCUCCUGAAGAGGGGAAAGUCUGGCAAGAAAGAGUCCAGGAAGGCUCAAGUGGGAAUUGACCACUAUGUUGCUUCUGUCAAUGUGGUCCGUGCCAUGAUUGAUAACUGGGAUGUCCUCUUCCAGGUGCCUCCUCAUAUUCAGAAGCAGGUUGCUAAGCGUGUGUGGAAAUCCAGUCCUGAGGCUCUUGAUUUUAUCAGACGCAGGAAUCUGAGGAAGAUCCAGAGUGCGCGCAUAAAGAUGGAAGAGGACGCUCUGCUUUCUGAUCCAGUGGAAUCCUCUGCUGAGGCCCGAGCGGCUAUCCUUGGUCAAAGCAGUCCCUUUGAUGAAGACCCUGAAGGAGUUCCAGAUCUGCAAGAACUCUUCAACCCCGAUGAAAAUCUGGACAGCGACUUUGAAGAUUUUGAAGAUGACCCGAAUAUUGACCUUGCAGAAGUUCCUUAUCUUGACGUAGUCCCAAACAAUGAAAACGCCUCUGAUACAGAUGAAAUCCCAGGUUCCUCUGAGGAUCCAGCUGUGCCUUCUGGCACUGCCCGUUCCCAUGAUGAUGAGGAGGGAGCGGGUAACCCCCCCAUUCCGGAGCAAGGCCGCCCAUUGCUUCGUGUGCCCCAGGAGAAGGAAGCCAACACUGGCACUGGCUACUUCUUUCCCUAGAUGUUUUUCCUUCUAUAAGGUGUCAGACAGGGGAAAAGGGUGGGGUAGACUUGGAAUGUCACAGGAAACAUUUAAGAGAAACUUAAGGACACACAUCUGAGGGUAAGAAGGAGUUCCCCCUGAUGCUCGGGUCAGGAUAGGAAUUCCAAACACAAUGCCAGCCCCUUUACUGGGGAUGCUUGGUCUCUUCAGCUGGUAAAAAGAGCUAUUUCUGUGUCAUGUCCGGGCACCCUGGUGCUACCUUGCAAUCGCUUUCCCCCUGAUCUGGCUUUCUUUUGCUACAGUCCUUUCUUUAAUUGAUGUUACAUUUGUGGUGGACACCUGUCCCAGAGAAGCUCACAAAUCUCGAGGUGCUUUCCCUCUCCCAAAAAGGAUUGCAUGCUAUUCCUGACUUUCCUACCCUCCUCCUGAGAGUUUAAUUGGAAAGGCCCUCAAGAGGCAUGCUAGAAUGUUAGGUCAGCCUACUGACAGCUGACAAACAACUAAUGCUAAACCAUGUCACACCAACUCAUAGCCGUGUCCCCGCAGCCGUGUCUGCCGCCUCAGGAUUUUUUUUCCAAAUUAUUUAGACCAAUGGCUCGUCAAACAGCCACUCCCCAAAUUCUGUGCAGGUUUGCUCAGGACAAGCAAACAGGAAAACCUCAAGUAUAAGUCUAACUAGCUUUUCUGGGAUCAAUCAAAAGUUAGGGGAUAAAAUUAGAUUUUAGUACCUGAAUUUGUUUUAAAGAUGGCUGAUGUUCACUACAGUUGUCUAUAAAACAGCUAGUUAGAUACAGGCACAAUAGUUCCAAGUAGCUAAAGUCACCCGAUUAAAACUAUUCUUAUCUAUCGUCUCUGUAGUUCCUCUAUGCAGGACGGUACAAAUUUGCGGGACAUGCUCUGGUAACACACACAUAUGGGUUACGUAUGACAUCCAAAUUACAGCUGAUAUUGAUGGGUAACAACUGCUAAGAUCCAUAGAAUGAAGAAUGCAUUGUAUUGAGGGAUAGACAUUGAUCACAUGAUGGGUAACAACCGCAGAGCUCGAAGAUUUGUGAUUGUUAAAACUUCUCUGGCAUU